AUGGUUAACAAUACUUACUGCGGCUGUACAUGUUCUUCUCUUGCACAGAUUAUGCAAAAGAAUAAUAUUUCCACAAUAUUUUUACUGGGAUUCCAAUAUAUGGAUAAUUUUAAAUUUCCUUUCUUCACCGUUCUACUUGGGAUUUACUGUGUGACACUGGCUGGAAAUUCCCUAAUUAUCACAUUAGUGUUCUACAGCAAGAACCUUCAAUCUCCCAUGUACUUCUUUCUCGUGCAGCUCUCCAUAUGUGAUAUCAUGCUGACCACAGAUAUUGUCCCCAACAUGCUUCAUAUUGUGCUACAUGAUGGGGCCACCUUAUCUCUUUCUGGAUGCAUCACACAGUUUUAUUUAUUUGGAUCAUUAGAAUCUUCAGAAUGUCUUCUUCUGACAGCGAUGUCUUAUGAUAGAUAUUUGGCCAUAUGCAACCCAUUACACUACACCUACUUAAUGAACCACGUGUUUUGUCUUAAGUUAGCUAUUAUAUGUUGGCUGUUGAGUCUAUCUAUAAAUGUAGUUAUUACUUUUGGCGUUAUUAAAGAGGAUUUCUGUGGGCCAAAUGUUAUCGACCAUUUUUUCUGUGAUUUCGGCCCUCUACUAGAACUUUCCUGUUCAGACACCUCUAUAGUCCAAAUGAUAUCUACAUUUCUGUGCAUUCCUGUGAUAGUCUGCCCAAUAUUUUUAAUCAUUGUGUCGUACACCUACAUAGUCUUGGUCAUAUCAAAGAUAUCUUCAUCUACAGGGAGAUGGAGAUCGUUCUCCACGUGUAGCUCCCACCUGACUGUCGUGUUCAUAUUCUACGGGACCCUGAUAGCUAUGUAUGUGCUUCCAAAUAAAGGGAAGUCAUUGACUAUUAAUAAAAUGCUAUCACUGAUGUACACAGUUCUUGCUCCCUUUUUUAAUCCUAUGAUAUACAGUCUGAGGAAUAAAGAUAUCAAGGAUGUUUUGUUAAAACUGAUGUAUAAUUACAGUGAUUAUUAUUAUUUAAUUAAAUCUCAAAUAAAAAUCAAAUAA